AUGAGUCAGUUUAUCUCGUUGCAAGGUAUAUAUCGAAUAAUAUUGGCGCGUUUAUGAUAAGAAAAUGCAACAAAAUGCAUUGUUAAAAUUGUGUAUUACAUUUAUUUACAUUUGUUUUCAGUUGGACAAUGCGGAAACCAAAUUGGUUCGGCGUUUUGGCCCUUAGCGUUACACGAGUACGGCGUGCAAACAACAAAUACUGGAAUGAAUUUGCUUAAAACGCAACGAGAUCACAUUAAAAAUAUCGGCGAUUUGUCUGAUGCGUUCGACAGCUUCUUUGUUGUACCUGACAAUUCACAUGAUUUGUGCUUCAAAGGUAUAACCGAUUUGAAACGAGCCAAGGUCAAAGCUAGGGUUAUCAUACUUAUGGUACAGAGUAUCAUGAGAAAUUGGAAGAUACUAUCAGAUAUAUGGUAGAAAAGUGUUCUAAGUUACAUGGUUUUCUAUUAAUGCAUUCUGUUGGAGGUGGUACUGGUUCUGGAUUAGGAACAGCUGUUUUAAAGCUACUGGCUGAUAAUUAUCCUACUAUAGAUAGACUAGUACCUUGCAUAUAUCCAAUUGUUAUGCAAGAUGUUGUUACAGCUCCAUACAAUGUAUUGUUGUCGACUCGAGAGCUUAUAGAUUACGCAACUUGUGUAUUUCCUAUUGAAAAUGAAUCUCUUUUGGAUAUAUGCAAUGCACAAUUGAAAGUAAAAGGCAACACAGAACAAAUAAAUUACAAUGUCUCAUGUAAGCCAUUUCAAGAUAUGAACAGUAUUGUUGCAAAUAUGCUUCUUCAUUUAACCAGUGGAUCUAGGUUUCCUGGUAAUUUAAAUAUGGAUAUGAACGAAAUAGCAACGAAUCUCGUACCGUACCCUAAAUUACAUUAUAUAUUCAGUAGCGUUAGUCCAUUAACGUUAUCCGCGCCAACGAUGUACAGUGUAUCAGGAACAAAGCUAAUAGAUGAAAUAUUUAUUAAUGCAUGGUCACGAAAUAGUCAGUUAAUUAAACUAGAUCCGCUACAAUCAGGGUCUAUGAUUUUGAGUGCUGCGCAUGUUGCUAGAGGAAACUGUUCUGUGAACGAUUUAAAACGAAACAUUGAGAGAUUUCGGAAAAAGGUUACGUUCACAGAUUGGAGCAAUGAAGCUAUGAAAGUAGGUUUGUGUUCUGUACCCCCAGCUGGACACUCAAUCUCUUUGUUGUGUCUUUUAAACUCUUCCUCGAUGAUCUCGUUAUUUAAAAAUGUAAUAGAACAGUUUACGAGAUUGUACAGAAGGAAGGCACAUGUGUAUCACUACACCCAAGUACAUGGUUUCGAAGAAACGCAUUUCAUUGAUUGCAAAGAAACAAUUUCAAAUUUGAUUAUGCAGUACACAGAGCUGCAAAGUAAAAGUCAAAAGAAUAUUUCUCGGUUACAGAUACUUUAA